CAUGAAGGCAAUAUAGUAAUUUUAUCGAAAUAGUAGAUCGAUAGGAGAUUGAUUAGAUAUGCUUUAUUGAAAACCGCUGGAUCUUACAAUUCUACAGCAGUACAGUGUUUUGCGUGGUCGAUAUGGCACCUUGUCUGGAUCUACCCUAUGAAAUAUGGGACGUGACGAAAGAGGAAGAUAAAAUGAUUAAGAAAUGCCUAUUAGGAUACACGAAACCGUUCGUGAAAUGUGGCAAGAAGGGGUAUGUGAUGCCGGGCGCGUUCAGGAAUCACGCGGAGGCCAUAUACAACCUUAAAGUCCGACCGGACGAUAUCUGGGUGAUCACGUUUCCAAGAUCAGGUACGACAUGGACACAAGAAAUGGUUUGGUUGAUUGAAAACGAUUUGGACUUCGAAACAGCUAAAGAAAAACCUCUCUAUGAACGAUUCCCUAUGUUAGAAUUAACUGCACAGAUACCAGAGCUAGCGUUUCAACUCAUCAAGAAUAAUUUCAUGAAUCUGAAGAAUUUUCAAGGUUUGAAUCAAGCAACCAAAGUUUCAAGUUGGAAGACGAUUGAGGAUGCACCUUCUCCUCGAUUGAUUAAAACUCACUUGCCCCUGUCUAUGCUGCCCCCAAAUCUAUUGAGCACUGCUAAAGUCAUAUACGUAGCUAGAGAUCCAAGGGAUGUUGCUGUUUCGUAUUAUUAUUUGCACAAAAUGGUUGGCAAUAGUUUUGUGAGGACUACGUUCCAAAAUUUCUGGGAAGCAUUCAGGAGGGAUUUGCUGCCUUGGACUCCAAUAAUCGAGCACACGAAUGAGGCUUGGAAGCAGCGCCAUAAUGAAAAUCUCCAUUUUAUUUUUUACGAAGAAAUGAUAAAAGAUUUACCGAAGAUAAUUCAUGACGUGAGCAAGUUCCUAAACCGAGAUUUGGCUGAGAAAGAAGUAAAUAUAUUGGCGGAUCAUCUCAGCUUCGACAACUUAAGAAAAAACAAAACAGUUAAUAACAGUACAAGUGACAAUGGCGAAGUUCAGUUCAUACGAAAAGGUGAAGCUGGAGGCUGGAGGACGCACUUCGAUGCUAAGAUGGAGAUGGAAGCCGAGGAAUUCAUAACCUCAAGACUACGCGGUCUCGAUAUAAAAUACCCUUCAAUCAGCAGCGAUAAAGAGGGCUGUUCACAUUAUUAGACAAACUUUACUUAGUUAUUAAGAAAUUCAGCUCAAACCCUUCUAACUAUAUAUUAAAUAUUAUUUAAUACAUACAAUAGUAUUUAUGUUUGUAUAAAUCCAAAGUUGAUUUCGAUUGACAUGCCAUUAAUUUAUUUUUCAAUAUUUUUAUAUUUACAACUCGCUACGGGUCCCGGCUUUGCACGAGUAGCAUAAGGGGCCAACAUAUAACGUAUUAUCGUAAUACAAAAUACUAAUGGGUUAGGCCACGUAUGCCAUUAAAACUACGUCAACUAUAGCCAUCGUCAUCUUCAUAUUUCCACAAAACCUCUAGCAAAAACCGUUCAUCAUGAUUCACUUGGUUUGAUAGACGACGUACAUACGUGGCGGGGUGCCUUUAUUUCUAAUAUGUAUAGCCUAUUCCAAUGAAAGUAGGAAUAAAGAUAAACAAACCUUAGAUUUACUUAUUUCAUGCGAUUUGCUAAUAACUCGGCUACAUUGUGCACUACUCAGAAUUUAUGAUUAAUAUAUUUUUAUUUAUAAUACAACACUAUUACACUUAAGAACUCACUUCCACUUUAAUUUUUUUUCUAAAAUCCCGAUAAUAGUUUCGUCGACGACGAAAAAUCAUAGUGAACUCCAUGGAUUAAUCAAGCUCUCGACCAAUUGUAUCGCGUCAAUUUGCUGUCAAAUGUUGUUUAUUUGGCUUUUUUCCACUUAUGGAUGGAAUAGAGUAUAAUUAUGUUACUUUAUUAUUAAACACAUAAUGUAUUUAUGUAAAGAUUUAGUUCCUAAAAUGACGCCGAUUUGAAUCGUUGCAACCAAUCCUAUUGCUGUUUAGUUUAUGAAUCUCUAAAAUACUGAGCAGUUUUAUAUAGUAAUGUGUAGAUUUAUUAUUUUGAUAAUUAAUGUAAAUAAAUAAUGUAUAUAAGCUAAGGCGUAUGCUGUGUGUAUGUAUAUUGA